GUUCUCCUCAAAAUAAUAGUUUAUCUUUUUAUUUGUUUAUUUUAUUUUAUUUAUUUAUUUUUUCUUUUUUUUCACAUACACAUACACAUCUUAAUUUAUUUAAUCAUGUCAUCAAUAAAAGAAAAUAAUAAACGUAUUGAACAAGUGGGUGAUUACAUUAUUCAAAAUCGAAUUGGUCAAGGUUCAUUUGCAACUGUUUAUAAAGCGCAGCAUAAAGAUACUCAACAAACUGUAGCUAUCAAGUCUGUAAAGAGAUCUAAAUUAACUAAAAAGUUAUUAGAAAACUUGGAAUCAGAGAUAUCGAUAUUAACUGCAAUAAGACAUAAAAAUAUUGUUGGAUUAAUUGAAUGUCAGAAAACGGAAUCCAAUAUAUUUUUAGUCAUGGAAUAUUGUUCUUUAGGUGAUUUGUCUCAUUUUAUAAAAGAAUUAAGGUCAAAGAAUUUUAAUAAAUCAAGUGGUUUACCUGAAAGAAUGGUUCGUCAUUUUUUAAAGCAAUUAGCAAAUGCAUUAAAAUUUCUGAGGUCUCAAAACUUGAUUCAUAGAGAUAUAAAACCACAAAACUUAUUAUUAUCUCCAUCAGAUGAUAUCGAUUUACCUAUCUUAAAAGUGGCUGAUUUCGGUUUUGCUAGAUUCUUACCAAAUGCUAGUUUGGCUGAUACUCUCUGUGGUUCACCCCUUUAUAUGGGUCCUGAAAUACUUUCUUAUAAAAAAUAUGACGCAAAAGCAGAUCUUUGGAGUGUAGGCGCUGUCCUUUAUGAAAUGGUCACCGGUCGACCUCCAUUUCGUGCUCAAAAUCAUAUUGAAUUAUUAAAGAAAAUUCAAGAAAAUAAGGAUCAGAUUCAUUUUCCUGAUAAUGUCGGUCAUGAUUUGAAAGAUUUAAUUCGACAUUUACUUAAAAGGAAUCCAGUAGAACGAUUAUCAUUUGAUGAUUUCUUUCAACAUCCUGCUGUAUUAUCAAAACCAUUAAAAAAUUAUGAACCACCUCCAUUUGCUCCUAUUAUUUCGUCAUCAACAAAGAAUCCAUCUUCACCACGUAACAAGAAAAUUGUCCCGAUUCAUUCUUUAUCUUCUAAACCAACUUUAAAGACAAAGAAAAGAGAAGAAGAAGAAGAAGAAAUAUUACAAGAAUAUGUUGUAUUAGAUCUUCGAUCUAUUGAAACAAAUCAAUUUGCUGAUGAGUUAAAAUCAACACCUCAGACUACACAUGCAGUGAAUAUACCCAAACCUACUUCAGCACCUUUAAUUCGUGAACGAAAAUCUAGUGGGAGUGUCGCUACAAGUUCUUCUUCAGCUGCAGGUUCAGCUUUAGCUAAAGCACUUUGUAAGGCUUCAGUCCGAUUAUUUGGUACACCUUCACCCCCAAAGGAGAAUGUGCCUCAUUUAAUAAUAGGAUCUCGAUUAUCCAUACAAAAUCAACCUCAAGGUUUCUUUGAUUAUCAAACAAAUAUCACACUAACAACAAUGAAUCAAAUUGAAAGAUUAGCUUGUAUGGCAUAUGCAGUAGCUACCCUUGGAGAUCAAAGAUAUGAUACUCAUACAACAAUACCCAUUCAACUAUCUGAAACGAUGGCACUUUAUGUAAAGGCAUUGUCAUUAUUAGAAGAAGGUCUUUAUAUUGCACAGGAAUAUUGGCAAGAGAUAGAAGAAGAUGAAAUAGAAAGAAAGGAGGAAUUAACCAUUCGUUUAAAUGACACUGUCCAAUGGAUGAGAGAUCGUUUUAAUAGUUGUUUAGAUCGUGCUGAAAGAAUACAUAAAGUAGUAGAUCAUGCAAUAGAAGAAAGUUGUAUUGUUGAAAAGUUACUUUAUAACCGUGCAUUAGAAAUGAGUCGUGCUGCUGCAGUUCAUGAAUUAGUAGGAGAGAAUAUCAAUGAAUGUGAACAAGAUUAUCAAAUGGCGAUAUGGAUGCUAGAGGCCAUAUUACAAAUUCAACCUAACCAUAAAGAACAAGUUAUUAUAGAAGAAGAGGAUCGAGGUAUUAUUCAUAAAUGUAAGUCUAUACACAUAUACAUAUAUACGUGUAGAAAUAGAUAUACAUAUAUUAAUACGUAUCAUAUACUAGUCAUUGAUUCUAUUUGUCAUCGAAUCAUCGUUCUACGGAAAAAGAAAAGAUCAGAACAACGUAUUCAAAAAUAAUAAAGAAAGGCGUUAUUUUAAUAAAUAUGAUUGUCAUUACUACUUUAUUGUUUUGUUUAGGAGGAUAUGACAAUAGAAAAUAAAUGAGCCAUAAAAUGAAAUCCCAUUCAUAAUAUCUAAAGAAGCAGGAAGGAAGGAAGGAAGGAGAUUUCUUUGGAGUUCGUCUUGCUUCCUCUUCUUCACAACAUUUACUAUCCAUUGUUUCUAGUUUCAUUAUUUCCCAAGAGAACACUAUCGUAUUCCAAUUCCUAAAUUAAUUUACUUGCUGUAAUUAUAUCUGAUCUCAAAAUUAGCAUAAAGAGUUUAUUUAGUAUUAUCAAGAAAAAAAAAACAAGUAAAUAAAAUUAAAAAAAAA